GUCUCUGUGUGGAUCUACACUUGACUCUCUCUUUCUUUAUUCAAUGAUUAAAAAUUAAAAAAAAUUAAAAAAAAGAAAAACACCGGCAAUUUCAAGGCACAUUGGGAGUCAUGAGUAGCAUGACGAACAUGGGUGAUGGUCGGAAAGUGUCCAAAAGUCGCCAAUCGUCAUCAUCAGAUGAGGAGGCCAAGACGGGAGGAGAAGGUCAUUUAAAGAAAGGCCCUUGGACAUCAAUAGAGGAUGCAAUUCUAGUAGACUACGUUACGAAGCAUGGAGAGGGGAAUUGGAAUGCUGUUCAAAGGAAUUCGGGACUUGCUCGAUGCGGUAAAAGCUGUCGAUUACGAUGGGCAAAUCAUUUGAGACCAGAUUUGAAAAAGGGAGCAUUCACUGAAGAAGAAGAGCGCCGGAUCAUUGAGCUUCAUGCUAAGAUGGGAAACAAAUGGGCACGGAUGGCUGCAGAGCUGCCUGGACGUACGGACAAUGAGAUAAAGAACUAUUGGAACACAAGAAUUAAAAGAAUGCAGCGGUCUGGUUUACCAAUCUACCCUCCUGACAUAUGUUUUCGGGUGAUGCAUGAAAAUCAAGAAAGUCAAAAUGUUGGCAGGUUGACCGACGGAGUCAACCAGCAUGACGAUCUUUCACAAAUAGACACGCUGAAUAUACCAGAGUUAGAUUUCAAACUCGUUAAGAUCCCCCAGGAUCCAUCAAUUUUUGACAUACCUGAAAACAGCAUGUUUGAACAGAGUUCAGAUUCAUCCCAUGGUUACAACAACAUGUUUCCUAUUAUGCAUCCUGCGAAGCGCCUUCGGGAAUCAGCAAAAAUAAUGCAGUAUGGUUCGGUAUAUGAAGAAGAUUACAUGUCUGAUGAAGUUACCAACCAGUUUCAUGGCAAUACUUGUUGUUCUUCUUCAUCUUCAAUGCCUCUAUCCGGAGGCAUGAAGUUGGAGCUCCCUUCACUCCAAUACUUAGAGACCCAACAAGGCAUUUGGGACACACCUGCUUCCCCACUUCCUUCACUUGAGUCUGUUGACACCUUGAGCAGCGGUUUGUUGGAACCAAUAAUGUAUCAACCAAUGAAGCAUUUUCAAGUGCAAGAAACACCAGAUGAAGCAGUCAAGUGUAAGCCGGAAUGGGAUGAAUCCGGGGAGCCGUAUUCCCCCUUGGCUCAAUCUUCUGCUUCCGUUCUAACCAUGUGCUCACCCGACGGACCUCAAUCAGUCGAAAACUCAGAUCAUAAUAUUAAGCACGAACUAGGCACAGAGUUCCCAACUUACUGUUCUGGGAAGGAUGAAAAAAACAUGAAUCAAAUACACGUGACAAGGCCCGAUGCUUUACUUGACUUGGCUUGGUUUGAGAAUAGCGUCGUCAAUUGCGACGGCGAGUCUUUUAGAAAAGAUGCCUUCAACAUAUUUUUUGGUUAG